AUGAGUGGAGAGAGUGUGACCCUUGAUCUUCUCAAGAGAAAAAUGGAUGAGUUUGCAAAGGAAAGAGACUGGGAAAAGUUUCACAGCCCCAGAAACCUUUUCUUGGCUAUGGUUGGAGAAGUAGGUGAAGUUUCAGAGAUAUUUCAGUGGAAAGGGGAGGUUCCAAAAGGGCUACCAGAUUGGAAAGAAGAAGAAAAAACUCAUCUGGGUGAAGAACUUUCUGAUGUAUUGCUUUACCUCAUUAGACUCUCUGAUAUCUGUGGAAUUGAUCUUGGUAAAGCAGCCCUUCGUAAAAUUCAACUCAAUGCAAUCAAGUAUCCAAUCAAAGGGUGUUCAAACAAUACUAUUGUCAAUGGGGGAUAUGGGAGGGAUUUGUUGGCUAGUCGUGGAUAUGUUCAGGAUCAAUUGGUAGAGGUUGACAUUGAUGAUGUGUUGCUAGAGGAUAUAGCUGAUGAUCUAUGGUCAAAUAAGGCUAAUCUAGUCUCACCAAAUCGGUCGACCCCCCUCUCCUUCCCGCUCUCUAUCUCCAAAAAUAUUCAACUCUCCAAGAAUCCACCGACCACCAAUAGCUCUUCAAGCCGACGCCGGAGUGGUGUUUACCAGAGUCCAGACUUCCAGUGCUGCCUGUACAGUCUCCCUUUCGUUUUCCGACUGGCGUGUCUUCACUCUUCUGGAGUUCUGCAGCUUCUGUUGGUAACUGGUAAGCGAGCUUAUGCAGCUUCUGAGUAUCAAUUUUGUGGCUUUUGUUUCAUUGUCUAA